GAAAACGCCUGACCCCAGCCCCUGGCCUGCGCGGUGACCGCCGCAGUUUUGGCUUGCAGCGACUCGGCCCUUCGCCCUUCGGUGUCCAGUGCGUCUCUCCGCUGUGUCCCGGGAUUUUCCCGGUGACUUGUCCGCCAUGCGCCGCCUGCCUCUGCCUCCAGGUGGGCCGCGGUGGGUCGGCCCCAGCCACCUGUCCGCCUGGAGAGCUGCCCUGCGGCUGGUACUGCUGCUCGGCGGCUGCCUGGGGGGACCCGGGGUGUCGGCCGGCUCCCGGAGGCCCAACGUGGUGCUGGUGCUCACCGACGACCAGGACCAAGUGCUCGGCGGCAUGACACCACUGAAGAAAACUAAGGCCCUCAUUGGAGAGAUGGGGAUGACUUUCUCCAAUGCCUAUGUGCCAAGUGCUCUUUGCUGCCCCAGCAGAGCCAGUAUCCUGACAGGGAAGUAUCCACACAAUCACCAUGUUGUCAACAACACUUUGGAGGGAAACUGCAGUAGUAUUUCUUGGCAGAAGAUCCAAGAGCCAACUACGUUCCCAGCAAUUCUCAAAUCAAUGUGUGGUUAUCAAACCUUCUUUGCAGGAAAAUAUUUAAAUGAGUAUGGGGCUCCAGAUGCAGGCGGACUAGAACACGUUCCUCUGGGCUGGAGUUACUGGUAUGCUUUGGAAAAGAAUUCUAAAUACUAUAAUUACACCCUCUCUAUCAAUGGGAAGGCCCGUAAGCAUGGAGAAAACUAUAGUGUGGAUUACCUGACAGAUGUUCUGGCUAAUGUCUCAUUGGACUUCCUGGACUACAAGUCUAACUCUGAGCCAUUCUUCAUGAUGAUCUCCACUCCAGCACCUCAUUCACCUUGGACAGCAGCACCUCAGUACCAGAAGACUUUCCAGAAUGUCUUUGCCCCAAGAAACAAGAACUUCAACAUCCAUGGAACGAACAAGCACUGGUUAAUUAGACAAGCCAAGACUCCAAUGACUAAUUCUUCAAUACAGUUUUUAGAUAAUGCCUUUAGAAAAAGAUGGCAAACUCUGCUCUCUGUUGAUGACCUCGUGGAGAAACUGAUCAAAAGACUGGAGUUCACUGGGGACCUUGGCAACACAUACAUCUUUUAUACCUCAGACAAUGGCUAUCACACAGGGCAGUUUUCUUUGCCAAUUGACAAAAGGCAACUGUAUGAAUUUGAUAUCAAAGUUCCACUAUUGGUUCGAGGGCCUGGGAUCAAACCAAAUCAGACAAGCAAGAUGCUCGUGGCCAACAUUGACUUGGGUCCUACAAUUUUGGACAUUGCUGGCUAUGACCUGAAUAAGACGCAUAUGGAUGGAAUGUCCUUCUUGCCCAUUUUGAGAGGAGCUAGUAAUUUGACAUGGCGAUCAGAUGUCCUGGUGGAAUAUCAAGGAGAAGGCCGGAAUGUCACUGACCCAACCUGUCCUUCCUUGAGUCCUGGAGUGUCCCAAUGUUUCCCAGACUGUGUAUGUGAAGAUGCUUACAAUAAUACAUACGCAUGUGUGAGGACAGUGUCAGCACUGUGGAAUUUGCAGUACUGUGAGUUUGAUGACCAGGAGGUGUUUGUGGAAGUCUAUAAUCUGACUGCAGACCCAGACCAAAUCACUAACAUCGCUAAAAGUAUAGACCCAGAGCUUUUAGGAAAGAUGAACUACCGGUUGAUGAUGUUACAGUCCUGUUCUGGGCCAACCUGUCGCACUCCAGGGAUUUUUGACCCCGGGUACAGGUUUGACCCCCGUCUCAUGUUCAGCAACCAUGGCAGCAUCCGGAGGCGAAGGUUCUCAAAACACUUUCUGUAGCGACUGUGCCCAGCCUCUGCCGCUGGAUCCCUGCACGCCUCUUUCUCAUGAAGUGAUUGCAGUGGGUGUCCAUAGCUCCUUGAGACCAGGCCUGGAAGAGCUCUGGACUGGCCAUUUUAAGUCCUAAAAGAGCCCACCUGAUAGCUGACUUGUGUGACAUGUUAAACUGUGAAGCUGCCCCUGUGUCUGCAGUGGCCGACCCUGGUCUUUUGUUCUAAGUGGACGAGCACGUCUGAGGUCUGUGUCAUCACCAUGUCCCUCCUGACCCGGGACCACUGUUCUGAUCAUUCCCACGUGGCCCAAGUCUGAACUGAUAAACCUAUUCAGGUAAAUAGCAAUACUUUAGGGCAAAAAAAAAAAAAAGAAAACCUUUUGGUAUUUAGCCGCACCUAAUAUCACAUGACCUGCAUAGCAUUUCAGUCUGACCACUUCACCAUCAAAAAUACUAACAUCAUGUGGCUUGAAAAAUAACCACUAGAGUUGAACCAUCCGAUUAGAAACAGAGCCGUUGAUUUCAGAUAAGUAGGGGUAUGUUGUUUAUAAACUCAAUCAGCAUGGCAAAUCUGUCCAUUCAUUCUGUUGGUUUUUGGAAUUCUGGGCUGGUGCUGCACCAACAGCAGCAGACUUAAUGGCAAAGGAGGAUUCCAAGUAGCGCCUGGAGGUGACACCCACCUGCUUUCCAGUGGCCGCCAAGCCCAUAGAAUGCUUGUCAGGCCUGGAGUGCUGAGAAAAUGUCUCUUUAAAGAUAUUCCCCCUCCAAAGUGGCUGAGAUUGAGCAGUGGAGGGGGCAAAAACUGCCAAGAGUUGGGAAAAGUUAUUUUCUGAGGACCUUUGGGAGAUAGGUAAGGCUCUUGAGUUGAUGGAGUUGGCAUCUGUACCGUUAGACAGCCUGCAUGACAUUGCCGGCUGUAGUCAUUGUCGCUACCUUCUUUUCACUAUUGUUCUCUCCGUUUAUAUUAAGAUGGAACCAUUUCUGAUAGUUGAUGCAAUUACAAACUAUCCCACAUCCUUCUUGCCUUUCAGAUAGGUUCAUCCUGUCUUGAAUAAUGAGGGUUCCAGUUAGUAUUCCCCUGUGAAAUCGGGUCCUUUGUGCUCUUUGCUGUUUAGAACAUUUAUGUUUCUUACCUUGAAGAUCUAGUCCAUCUCUAACAUCUUCAUAGAAAGGCUAAUUACUGGUGGAAAAGAAAGAGCUAUGGAUUCUAACCAGUUCAACUUAAGUGAUUUUAGCUUUUACUGCCUUCUGUUGAGCUUUAAGCUCUUUUUUUUUUUAAAAAAAAAGACAAGGCCAUAAGCCACUUCUUGAGCUAAAUAGCCAAGAUGCAUUCGAAGCCAUUGGGUUUAAUCCUUUACCUCUCAAGACCCCAGCAAUUGUGGUAGUAUCCAGAGGUAAAUGGAAAAAUGAGGUGAACAUUUCUACUGUGUUUUCUUUAAGGGGGAAAAAUGUUUAAAAAUAAUCCUGUAACUAAAAGUAAAUUGUAGACUUGAAUAUGGCUAAUUGGCUUUAUUCUCCAUUUUGAUUCUUAACAUUCUCAGUCAACUUCAACAUCAAUGAAAGUUGACCACUGUUAUUCCCAAAUAAAAAGAAACAACUCUUACCAGGUCUUGGGCUAUGAUGUCACCUUACUCAGUUUUGGGCUGCUGGUUCCAGAAAGCAAAUGUAGUAACAAGAGUGACAGGAGCAUCGGCCACACUGCUCUUACGUUCAGCAGCAGAUGCGGGUGCUGGAUGCGCUGAAGCCCUCUCUCUCUCUCUCUCUCAGUUCCAGUAUAUUUCCUGAGAUUUGGGUGAAGAGACCUCAAUUUAUGGCCUAACAGACUGAAAAAUGCACAGGUGUUUCCAGACUGUGUAUGUACCAGGGACCAGCUACAGGAGUCCAACCUUGUUCUUUUAAUUGUGCUGAUUUGGAGUUUGUUAAUUUUCUCUUGUAAGAUUAGGUCCAUGUCUGUUGGUGACCUUAAGACUAGAAGACCAUAAAACUAUUCAGAAUGAAGAGAUUCUUUUGCCUUACAAGAUUUCCUGUUCUAAAGCUCUCCCUCACACCAUUUCCGGCAUAGGGACACAUUUUGAGCAUCUUUGAAUUUGACACACGGUGCUUUUGCAGACACCUUUUAAUUCACAAUUCUAGGACUUUUGUACAAAAUACUAAGGAUAACCAUGCAAGUUAUACCUUAAUCCAUGAGAAAUGUUCUUAAAUUUUUAAGUGUCUAGGAAUUAGUCCUUUUUUUUUUUUUAAUGGAAAAAGAGAAGGUAGCCCAUGAUCCUUAAAGCAAAGAGUAGUUCCAGCUGACCUACCAGUGGACUGAAUGGGUGUGCUUGGGUUUAGUUUUACCUCCACUCUGUCCUCAGUGAAUACUGUAAGUUCCUGUUUGUAUAAUCUGUUUCCAGAAGUUACUCUGCCCUGGCUCUGUCAUCUCAGUCACUUCACUUAGAAAGUGCCCUUCAAUGGACCCUGUUCACUGCUGCACUUUUCAAUGAAUUAAAAAUUAUUUCUGUCCUAGUG